UGGCUCGAGAACUGGCUGGCAGAAGGGCCAGGCCUGUCGGGUUGGUCCCCCUGCCCCCGGGACCGCGUGGAUGCCACGUCGACCGGGCGCUGUUCGCGGCCAGGCUCGAGCGGCAUGGCCGCCGGCGACGCUCCGACAUGGCACCCGGAGGGCGCGCCCGAGAACGGCUGCGGCGUCGAGAGGACGAGGAGCGAGGGGGGUGCGAAGGGGCUCGCACCACUGCUGCUCCACUUCGACGUGAACAAGACGCUGAUCCAGUCGGACAGCAUCCAGACGAAGACCAUAGAGGAGGGCAUCCGCGAGGGGAUCGCCGAGCUCUUCUGGGGCACCACCCGGAGAGAGGGCGACAGGGUUGUGUGGGACUGGGCCCGCGGCCCGCCGUCCUGCAAUGCGCCCACCACCCUCGACGGUGGGGACCCGGCGCUCUUGGUGAACUACGCCCAGUAUUGCAAGAUGAUACUGAAGGACAAGGACGAGAGGAAGCAGGCGGUGAAGUCGUUCCGCUUCGUCACCGCGGACGAGCCACGACAGGAGAUGGACAAGCUGCUCAGGGUCACGCUGAAGAUGAUGCAGUUGCCUGACGGCGUCCGGUUCACCGAGAUGGCCGAGGCUGCUGGCUUGAAGGGGGCGACACAUCUGAUGUUCCCCACAAUAUUCCAUCUGGUGGCUUCCUUGCAGCAGUCCAGGCGGAAGUUCGCCAUCCUGUUUCGUUCCUUCGGUUCCGAUCACGAUCAGAUCAAGAUUGAAUGGAAUGCAUUCUGCGAGAUGAAGCAUCCAGUUUUCUCCAAGCUGCUGCAGGGCAUUGGGCCGCUGGACGGCACCACGCCUGGCAUACCUGAUCGCCGCAUCCAGGAUGGCGGGCUACACACAAUCUACCGAGACGCAGAUGGGCCGAUAUUGAUAAUCGGCGGCUUCACCAAUGGGCCGGAAGACAAGCCAUGGGACGCCUGGGCACGGCAGAAGCCGAGACCGGAGGCCGACACCAGAGGCGGACGCGCGUACAUCAGGGACACGCUGAAAGCAGAGACGGCCGAGGGGUUCGACGCAAUCCAGGAUUGGAUGAAGUGCCACCUGUUCGAGCAGGGCACCGCGGCGAUCAAGGACGACUGGGCGUGGUGGAUGUGGAACGGGGAGGUUGCCGACGCGGGGAAGCUGCUGUGCCAGAUCGGCAGCCCCGAGACGAAGCAGCUCUUCUUUGACGACAACAUCGAGGCAAACGACGCCAGGAUCGUCGACUGCAGGGACCCCGAGGGCAAUGUGGUGCCAGCCGAGGCCUGCAUCAACCGGCUCUGCACCAAGGUCAACCCAGUGGAGGCGCUCCUGGACAAGGAGUACUUCCUGCGGAAGGUGCAGGCGUGCCUAGGAGAGCAUUUGGACAUGGGGAACUCGUUGCUAAACUUCCAGAGACAGCUCACGGAAGCGGAAGAGCUGAAGGUGUUUCUUGAGCGUCAGGUAAAGACCCUGAACUUGCAGCUGAAGAAUAUGACGGAGGAGAACAGACGCAUGAAGUUGAAGAACCGACUCCGGAUCCCCGACGAGGGGUCCUUACAGGAGGUCUUGUUAGCCCAUGAGUUCGACUUGAGCGGUUUCGGCAAGGAUGGGUUCAGAAGCAUAUCCGAGCUUUUCGAGGAGCUCGAGCAGGGCCAGUGCUGGCUCGAGGAAGAUCACGAGUGCGAGAGUCACUCUGGCCUCCAGCGCGUCUUUGAGAUGGUCUUCGUCAAGUUGCGGUAUAAGGACCUGAUACUCGUGGAGUCCCACGAGCAGGAUUCCGAGUCGCGCAUCCAGAGCCGGAACUACCUGCCAGGGAUGCGGAAGACGUUGAGGGAGCCUUCCUUCGCAGACGCAUUGGACAGAUGGCUGGAAGCCGGCCUUGGCGUCGACCUGAAGAACAGUGGUUGCAUCAUUUGUGAGAAGAUGCCCGUGUUCACCCCAGACGCGCCCAGCCAGGAGACGAAAGCCACGCAGGCGUUCCCCAUCCCUUGCAAGUUGCACCAGAGCGAAGCAGACUACGUCAUCCCUGAAAUGGCACUCGUGACGCACAGGGAGCUACUGAAGAAGAUCGGCCUGCCCGAAGGCAAGCAUUUUACCACGACAGAGAAGGACCUCAACGGUAGCACGGUCACCAGGUUCUUGCGUUGGGACAGGAGCGCGACUUGGGAGGCCACGCUGACGCAGAAGGGCAGCACGAUGGUGUCCCAGGUGGACAUGAACCAGAUGUGCAAGCAGCUUUUCCAGAACCACCCGAGGCGCGAGGUGUACGAGAACCUCCUGCUCCAGAUGUUCGAGACGUUCACAGCUAAGAAGCUCGCUGGUGGUUUCAGCGGCUCGCUCGUGAUACGCGUGCAGCCUUUCGAGCACGACGGGCGUCCUGGCGAGCCGUGCAUAGUGAAGAUGGACGCCGAGGACGCGAUCCAGGCGGAGUUCGAGAACUCCGUCCACGUGUUCCAGACGCUACCCGACAGGGCCGCGCGCAUCAUUGGUGACCCGGUGUUCUCCACCGACAAGAACGACGGCGAGGCGUUCGGCGCCAUGCGCCUGGAGCUCGCGGGCGCGUGCUGGAACGUGCCCGAGCUGGCGCAGGGGUCCGCCAACCUGCUGUCGACUUUCAAGGACCUCCUCAUCUUCGAGAGCGAGCAGGUGCUGCUGGGCAGGACCGCCACCGCAGCUCAGGACGCCAGGCCGUUCGGGAACGUCAACAGCGUCCUAGCCGAGACGUUCGGCCCCGGCGGCGUCGUGUCGUCGCUGCGGAAGGGCGGCAGAGGGAUGCGGCGCGAGGCGGAGAAGCCUCUCACGAGCUGGUACACGCUCAAGGGGAAGAAGACCAAGUUCAAUCUGUUCACCGCCGACGAGAACCAGUACCCACCUGGCAAGGCGAUACGACAGCUGUACAAGACCUACUUCGGAGAGGAGAUGCCCAACCUCGUGGAGCUGGUGGAGAAGAACAUCAAGCCGCAAAUUGAGGCACUCACAAAUAGCGGACAUAAGGAACUGAUGCCGCUCGUGGGCCUCGCCCACGGCGACCUAAACGCUGCCAACAUCAUGAUCGAUGCACUGGAUGCGGUGUGGCUGAUCGACUUCGCUACAAGCGUGGAUCUGCCACUCUUCACGGACAUGUGCAAGUUCGAGAUGGCUUGCCUCUUCGAGUAUUCUCUCAUCCCAAUCACCCCCGAGAUGCUCUUGGACUUCGCCUCGGACAGGGAGGACAUGUGGACAUUCCUGAACGUGGGCGAUUGGCUGUGCGUCGACCAGGGUGUCGCCGACAAACUAUUGCGGACGCUCCGCCAACGGCGCCAGGACAAGUCGCUGCACCUCGUCACCCAGGACGAGCUCCAGGGCAUCAUCGCCAGCAUCGCCGCGGCCGAAGAGGAGAAGGAGGCGAAGAAGAUCGUGCGAGCCCUGCAGUCGCGCCUGUCCGCACGGAGCAAGGACACCGAGGGCGCCUUCGCGUUCUGCCGGCUCGCCACAAAGGCGCUCUGUUCGGGCGACUACAUCUUCGACACGCUGAGCAUCAAGAGCCCGACCUCCGCCGACGGCUGUGGCAGGGGAGCCUCCUCGGUGCGCUGGUUCAUGGACCACGCCGUGGGGGUCCGGCGCUUCAUGAGCAGGGACGUGCUCGCGACCCUGCGCGAGUUCUCGCCCGGCGCGGGCGACCCGACGGAGGGCCUCGAGCCGUGCGACGCCUCCUCGCUGCAGCUCUGGCUGCCCUUCCUCCGCGAGACGUACAGGAUCGUCGGCUACCGUGACAUAGCCCCGCAGCACAAGGUGUGGUCCAUCUACCACUGCCAUACGGUCGCGCGGAAUGUCCUGAGGGUCAUCGCCGAGAUGCAGCAGGCCAUCGCCAGCAACAGCCUCUGCUCCCUGCCCAUCAUGCACCAGCUCAGCUGCGAGGGGAACGCCAAGAAGGCGCGGCCCUCGCUGAACAGCCUCAUCGAGCUCGCGACGCAGAGCCAGUUCACUGAAGCGAACUCCAUCUGGGUACAUGCCAACAGCAGGAUCUUCCAGCAGACCGACAUGUCGAGCAGGAGCAUCCGCCACGCGCACGCCGCGUGCGCCAAGUACAGCCGCCACGCGGGACUGUUCGCUCCCAUCCUUCGUGUGGCCGAGGUGCUCAAGAGGGACCCCAAGGAGAGGAGGUCGCUGCGCGAGACCGAGAGGACGAUGCCGCUCCAGUACGAUGGCGCCGAGGGAGAUGGGGAGGACGGGGCAUGGACGCUGCACGUCCAAGUGCCCGAGGAGAUCGACGUGAUGUUCAGCGAGCCGCUCCUCGACCGCAGCUUGGUGGACGGCUGCAUCGGCACCGUCACGCCAGGCAGCGAGACCGAGCCGCCCAAGGUGAGAAUGUACAGCCGCCUUUUCUUCACGACCACCGGCCUGCUGCAGAGCAACAUCUUCAUCAUCAAGUCGAAUUUGUUCGGUGACGUGCAGGACGGGGACGAUUCGCCCAAGAGGUCCAGGUGGUGGGGGAACUCUUCGGCGGCGGUCUCCUCGCUCAACGUGGCGUCGCUCACGCCGCACCGCAGCUCGGAGAGGAAGAAGAGCAAGGACCGCACGGGCCUGGACGCCGCGGUGAGCAAGGAUGCCAUAUUCACGCUGGACAACACCGAGCACUUCCAGAGGUCGCUGACCCUGCAGGCGGUCGCGAGGAACGCCCUCGGCGAGGAGAUGAUGCGUUGCAUGGUCGACAUCGGGGUGGCGACGAUGUGCUACCCUCCCGGCGCCGCCCUCUGCCUCGACGUGCCCGAGGGCUGCAGCCAGGCGCCGCCCAGCACGGAGGUGGUCGUCAUGCGGGAGGACGGCUUCGGCGUCUACCAGGUCCGCGCCGCGGGGGCGCAGCCGACGGAGGCGGCGGACUUCAUCUUCGAGCCGUUUGCGAGCAACCACGUCUUCCUCACCCCGUGCAAGUACGAGGAGCAACGGCGCAUCCUCGUCUCCGAGGGCGGCGGCAGUUGGGCGGACGCCACUGUCAUCGAGGUGGUCAAGGAGAACACUGGCUUCCGCCAUCGCGUCCGCAUCAAGAGCGCCACGCAGGAGUCCCCCCAGAACGGGUGGAUGACCAAAGAAUCGUCAGAGGGAGGCGACCAAGCUGAGGACAAGGCGCUCCGCUACCUCUCCACCAUGAACAGCGGCCCCUCGCUGAUCCCGGCGGGUACCUACGAGGAGGAGGUCCACAAGAUCAAGCUCUACACCCGGGCUCGCUGCAGUUUCAUCAUCGACGCCCUGUCAGGGCAGCGCCUCCCGAUCCAGUCGUGCGCCACGCCCACCCUGCACAUCGUGGCGUUCGCGGGCUGCGGCGAGGACGAGAUGGUGCAGCAGAUCGGGCGGAGGGGCUCGCAGAGCGGCAUGACGGGAUCCCUCAGCUGGGUCGGCCCCGUGGUGAGUUCCCAGGACCGCAGCGAAGGCCCCGGCACCCCGAACAGGUACAAGUUCUUCCCCAGGACCUUCUCGCGCAAGGCGAGCAUCACCUCCCAGUCAGCCUUCGACAGCCACGGGCCACAGGUGGGCGCGAUGGAGGCCAGGCAGGGCUGGCAGCUCAUCCUGCACACCGUGGACAGAUACCAGAAGGCCGUGCCGUCCUGCUCCCCCAACGCGUUCUUGAUAGUGGGCGCGCCGGGCAGCGGCAAGACGGCCCUCACACAUCGCCUGGUCAUGGAUUGCUUGGACCGCCACCGUGACCUCGUGCCCGUCUUGUUGACGGUGGCGGACAUCGUGAAGCGAAGCGGCAUGGACGAUGCGACUCAGGGCGAGGCCGUCGACAUGGACCACGCGACCGUCCAGGUGCGGUUCGAUAAGUACCUCCGGCUCAUCUUCGGGGAGGACAGCUUGCGCUACAAGAUGGUGCGGCAGGCGAUGAGCAUGCGGCGUGUCAUGUUUUUCUUCGAGGGCCUCGAGGAUGGCGGCCCGAUGAUGCACGUGGUCGAGGGCCUCAUCGGCGACAUCGUCAUCGGCCGCCACCUGGUUGUUGUGACGUCGCGGCAGCUCCUCCCGGGGCAGUCCUCCCUAGACAGAUUGUCCGACCACAUCACGACGAUGGAGUUGAGGAGCCUCACGGAUCAGCAAAUUCGUUCGGUGGCCCACGCGCGUCUGGGACUGAACGGUCUCCUCAAAUUCGACGAGGUCAUCGGCGCUUUGCGAACGGGCAGCGGCCAGAAGGAGAGCGCCGAGGAGGGCGAGAAGGAGCACGGGAACGUCUUCGGCAACCCCAUGAUGCUCAGCAUGCUGAUCUGCUAUUGCAACCUGGAGCCCAACAGCGACAGCGGGAAAUCCGACAAGACGGCGAACCGUAAAGACAACAAGGCGCAGACAGAGAAGGGUGACAAGGUCACGUUGACCGCAGUGUACCGCGUGGCCAUCGACGUGAUGCUGCAGCGCGUUCAGAGCAGGCAGCAGGGAGAUCGGCACAAGAAGGAGCAGAACGUCAGCAAGUGCAAGCGGGUCUUGGAGUUCAUGGCGAAGACCAUGGCGAUGCAGGAGGACGGCAGCGCGACGAUCUGCGCCGAGGAGUUCGAGACGCUCCUCCCCGAGGAGAUGAGCGAGGGCUGGGGCAUCCUCAAGGGCGCCGUCGAGGCGGGGUACGCCAUGGUCCUCCGGUCGCAGAGAGACGGCGGUCGGCUGGAGUACAAUUUUCUCGCGAGGGUUUUCCAGAAUUUCUUCGCCGCGAGCGAGAUUCACACCGUACACACCGAGGGCGGCACGUUGAUGGAGAAGUCGGUGACGCUGAAGAAGCUGCUGACGAAGCAAUGCUGGGCGCAGAUCUUGGAGAUGCUAGCAGAGGCUUGGCCGUUGUCCUACGUGAAGCUCAUCGAGAGCCGUCUGGAGAACUUUCAGGUGGAGGGGGACAACACAUUCCUGCAUUUGGCCGCACAGCACGGCCACCACCCCGUGUUCCAACUACUGCAGCACUUCGCGGAGCAGAACAAGAACGCCCUGUUCGUCAAGAAUUCUAACAGGAUGACGCCCCUGCACCUGGCCGCCGAGAGGGGCCACACGAAGAUAUGCGAGCUGAUGGUGAGCUUGAAGGCGGACUUGGACGCGGAAGAUGCGGCGGAACGAAUGCCGCUCCACGUGGCGAUGCAGAACGGCAGGUACCACACGGCCGGGUACCUCCUGGAGCUCUACGGGAACCGCUCCACGCUGAAGCAGGGGAGCCGCCGCGGGUUCCGGGAGCGCGGCAGCAUGUGCUUGCAGGCCCACCCCGCGGAGGGGCUCGCGCUCCAGGUGCUCAGCGCGCCGGGCCCAGGGGGCUCGCAGGAGGCGCUCUCGGAGGAGCAGUUCAUCAAGGCCGCCGGUGACAUCUUUAUCGAGCUGGGCUUCUUCCGCGACAAGGACAAGGCCGACAUGGACAACAGGAAGCGCGCGAUGGCGUCGCUGCUCUCGGUCUACUGGAUCUGCGGCGACCACUACGAGAGCUUCGUGCGCUGCCAGAAGAACGACGACACGCGCCUGACCAGGCAGUCGUGGGACAGCCUCCAGCGCUGGACCAAGACGACGGGUCUCACCCAGGAUCCGAACACCGUUGUUGCUAUGCUUGUAUCUUUGGCGAUUAGCCAGCUGGGGAAGAUCAAGCCCUUCAAAGAGGCCUUUGCGCCAGAGAAGGGCGACGACCAUGUCGAAGUGAUGAGGAGCAUACUGGAGAACAAACCGAUCGUGGUGCCAUCCGUGUCAAAGCUGGGCGAGAAUCUGCGGCAACUCAUUCUGAGGUCGACCGUCGAGUUCAACUUCGGCCAGUUCAUCCAAGCAGAGAAUCUACCUGCUAGCAUCAUGCCCGUCAAGGACAUGAUUUCCACGGCAGAUGAAAAGAACGACGAGAAGGCCCUCAUCCUUGGAUUUUUCCUGUGGCAGACUUUUGCGAAGAUGUGCGGCGUGCUGGGCCAUGUUCGCAUUGACGGUUCCCUCUUGAUAAUCGACAAGUUUUGGAACAAUUUCGAGCUCGGGGUGAAUGUGCUCCAGUACCUCACCUCCGAGUCGCCGCAGAUGGUCUACGACAGGUUCUUAGCCAAGCGCGCCGUGGCGCAGGGGCUAGCUUUCGAUGAGAAAGACAGCGAUUCGCGGGCGCUGGUGCGUCUUGCUUGCCUGUCGCGCACGUACGACUCGAAGACUGGCGGGGAGGUCGCCAAGGCUUGGAGGGAAUUGGCGCCAGAAGAGCGCCAGGAGUUGGCGAUGUACCUCAACGCUGACGGCAUCCAGCAGAAGGCGAUCAUUCUGUACAACGCCCCUAGGCUCUUAGAGCAUGCUCGCCAAGAAGCCGACGGAGUUGGCCUCGUCCUGGCCAUGCGGAUGCUGCUCAGGGUCUACAAGUUGGCGUACGAGACGUUUUCUUUCAGCGACUCCCUCGUGGUGACUGUCAUGGUGGACGAGGUGUUCGAGCAGGCCAAGAUUUGCACAGCUACCAGACGCGGCGACCUCCUCGAUGACAGUGACGACGACGAGGAGGACCAUCAGCGGCAAAAAGAGCGACUGGCAGAGAAGUUCGAUUUCACGCCGCUCGAGGUUACCAGGACAACUUCGGAUAAUCAGGGGGCUAUCCACCGCUUGCCGUGGCAGCUCGUCACAGACCCGGAGCAGCUGGCGACCCUUGCGGACCGCGCCGACAGCCUCGCGGCGGACAUGGACAGAGGCAUCCGUGAGUCAGCGUUCAUCAAGAGGUUGCCUGACGUUUUCCCGGAGUUGGGUUUUUUCAGGCGCGCCGAUGAGGACAUCCACAAGCGGACGCGCUGCGCGCUGCUCGCAGUUUAUUUCGCGUGGUCCGACCAGCUGGACGCAUUCUCGCGCGGACAAGCAGUGGACAAGAGGAUAUCCGAAAAGUCGUGGGGCAAGAUCCAACACUGGAUAGAGGCCAUGUCGGAUAAUGAUUCCGAUGCUGGGAAGGAAUUAUUGCAUGUCGUCUUGGUGGCCGUCGUGGUGUCUGGCGUCGCCAAGAUCCCAAAGUUCCAGGCUCAGCUGGCGCCUGGCGCCAAGAACCACAGGGAGACGGUCAAGUGCGUUCUCGACAAGUGCCCCAAGGUGUUGCCCAGCUACUCGCGGCUGGACUUAAGACAGCGGUCGCUGCUGCACAAGUGCCUCGUGUGCGAGUUCGACUUCGAGCAGUUCCUGCUGGCGGAGAGCCUCCCAGCCUCCCUCACGGCGGUGUCGAGGAUGCUGCAGGAGCCGCCGUGCACGCGGGACGAGCGGAAGCAGCUCCUGCUGGUGUUCCUCUUCGUGAUAUUCGCGUGGAUGUGCGGAUCGGAGGGCGAGCGCAGCGAGGAGGGCUCCGUCUACAUGACGGAGGAGCGCUUCUUGAGGGUCGGCGCGGGCGUUGAGGCCGUGCUGUUGCUGGAGGAGGGCGGGCGGGAGCGCGCAGCGUACGACCAGCUGCUGACGGCCCGCGCCGAAGCCCUGGAGAUGGACCUCGAGAAGCACAGGGACAGAGCCGUCGUCCGGCUCGCCUGCAUGGCCCAGGUCUCGAACGUGCUGGACUUGGUGCCGAUCACCGACGCGUUCAAGGCGCUUGACCGGGGGGAGCAGGAAGCGCUGACCGGUUACUUGAACGCAGACGCCAUCGAUGAGACUCCCGGUUUCGUGUUGCGCGGCAUGUCUGCAUUCUUGGGAAUAGCGAGGACUAACGAGGAGGUGGGGCUCACUGACGCAAUCAAGAUCUUGUUGAAGGUGUAUGAGGAGGCUUGGAAAGAGUACCAUUGGAGCGAUGAGUCUCUAGUCUAUGUGAACCUGGGAAAGCUCCAGUUCUUUGCCAAGAGCUUCUUUGGCUCCGCCCGAUUCCAGGACGUGCCCUUCGAGCUGCACAUGGACGAGGCCGCGUCGGAGGCGGUAGUUAUCCCGAAGGUCUGGAUUCCCAUCACCGACACGGCGGAGCUCAACAAGCUCACCCAUCAGUCAACUCAGCUUGCGCGCGACUUGCUGGAGCACCAGAUCAAGGAGGACGCAUUUAGGUCCAGGGUCAGUCGCGUCUUCCCGGAGCUCUCGUAUUUCAGCGGCACGACGUCGACGCAGCGCCAGCAGACAAUGGGUGCGCUGCUCUCCGUGUACUGGCUCGUGAGCGGGCAGCACGAGGCUUUCACCCGCGGGCAGACGCAGGACCCGCUGUCCCAGCAGUCCUGGGCGUGGAUCCAGGAGUGGAUGGCCAAGACCGUGAAGCUCUCCUCGGAGGAGGCCGUGGACGCCACUUUGGUCUUCAUGGCCAUUCACGCGCUGGGCAAGAUCCGCGAGUUCCGCGAGGAGUGCGCCCCAGGCUUCGACAAGCACAUGCACGACACGGCUCUGGCGCAUAUCCUCGAGGCGAACCCAGAGGUGGUACCAUCCUUCAAGCGCCUCAGCAAGAAGUACAAGAAGCUCAUCCUGGACUCUCUGAACGUGGACUUCGAGUUCAGCCACUUCCUGCAGGCGGAGACCACGCCAGCGAACCUGGUGGUCGUGCAGGAGACGUUUCGGCCGCACGGCGCCGAUGGGUUCGCAUUCUUCUGCUUCCGCGUCUUCGCGCAGAUGUGCGGGAAGCUCGGCCUGAGCAGCGGCCAGGGCUCGCUGUUCAUGAACGACCGGCAGUUCCAGCGGUUCCGGCCCGGGCUGGACGCGCUGCAGCAGCUGCUCGGGACGGGCGACGUCGCGGAGACGUACAACAAAUUCCUCCUGCAGCGGAGCACAAAGGCGAUGUCGAGAUUCGCCUCCCUCGAGCAGAGGGCGCUGGCGCGGCUGCUCUGCCUCUCCAACGCCUACGACUGGAAGGGCGGGCGGAGCAUCUGCGACGCGUUCGACGCUCUAACGAAGAGGGAGCGGGAGGACCUCACCAGGUGCCUCAACAUGGACGGCAUCAACAGCACGCCGGGCUACUCCCUUGUGGGCGCCACCGAGCUGCUGUCGAACGCCGAGGCCAAUCGCGCGGUCGGCCUUCCCGCCGCCCUGCGGAUGCUGAUCAGGGUGCAGGAGGAGUGCUCCCGCGAGACGGAGUUCCAGUGCUCCAAGGUGGUCGUGCAUUUGGACACCCUAGCGGCGUGGUCGAAGGACGUCCAGCCCGACAGCUUCCGUGAGGCGGACGUGGUCCUGCUGUCCGACGACUUCGCGCCGGGGGAGCCGAGGGUGGUCACGGUGGGCGUGGAGCGCAAGGCGGUGCGCUCACCUGGGCGCGGGCUCACUGGCGACAUUGGCGACGUCAGCGAGCUCACCGCCACGCCUGUCCCGCCCCCCCCAGAUGUGCGCCACGAGGAGCUGCCCUUCGACGACGGGGCUCUCAUCGCCCCCCCGCAGGCCCGCACCGUGUCCAGCGUGCUUGCAGUCGGCAGCCUAGGGCUGAUGCUGCUGGCGCUGUUCAUGCAGGGCGCGCUGGGCUCCGAGGGCUGGGCUCACGACGUGGAGGCCGCCAUGCUGGUGGUCGCGAUGCUGCUGCUGGUUGUGGUCGCACUCUGCCUGUACAGCAGCUGCCAGGACCACAGGCGGGAGAUGCAGGCGCCCCUGCGCGACGGGAGCCAGGACUCGGGCGAGGCCAGCGGCAGCCAGCAGACGCCGCUGAUCGCGGACCGGUGGAGCAUGACCCCCCGGCGGAGAAGGCAGGACGGCCACGACUACAUGCCCCUGCAGCAGCGGGACGACGUCGUCUGACGCGCCCAGAGCUCGGCAGGAGCUCGAGGCCCCCGCGGCUGGCCGGGAGAUGCGGCCUGCCCGCAGCAGGCGCCGUAGGCCCGACGAGCGUGACUUCCCCCAAAAGGGUGUAUAAGUUGAGGCUCGACGCGCUGGUGCGCCGGGUCGGCCCCGCGCGCCGCCGCCGCCCGGCCGCGCGCUCGAGAGCAGCCGCGGGCCAGUCGGCGCCCACGCGCACCCACGCGCAGCGCGGGGCGCAGGUCCCCGGCGCGGGCGAGGCACAGGGGCCGUUUUCCGUCUGAGCCCCUGAGAUCCAGGCGUCGCCUUCUUUCACGCCGGCCGCGUUCGCCCGGCGGCGGGCCCCUGGGGCCAGAAGAGGUCCAUCCGGCUCAAGAAGUAUCGCGGAACAAGGCCAGCUGCGCGGACGCUCGCGCGCAGGCUGCCCGCGCAGGGCCCCGCGCGGGCGCCCUCGCUUCCACGCGGCACCCCGCGCCAGCUGCACGCGUAGGUCGCCGCGCCGUCGUGAAGAGCGCCCCUCCUCCUCCCCCUCCCCCUCCUCCUCCUCCUCCUCCUCCCGCCCCAGGCGGGGGCCUGGCACCUGUUCUCAUGGUGUCAGCGCCACACUCGCCCUGGGGCAUACUGGCAGGGCCUGUUGCAGUGGACAUGCGGGAGCGGGAAGGCCGCCGUCACUUUGCGCGGGCAGGGAUGAGUUUGGCUCCCCUGAGCCCGAAGCAGUGUGGUCUGAACUUUGGCCCACUGCCGUGGCGUCAGCUGCAGCCACGAUCGUGCAUUUCUGGGAGAGGUGGUGCCGUGUGGCACGUGAACCCCGUGGGGCUUGCGCCCACUCCCGGACGGGGAUCCUCGGGUUUCGAGAUCAGUUAAUCUCGCCCGUUGCCAGCGCGGACCCCGUAUGCACGUGCCCGUCGGCUGCUACCCCAUGCUGGCCCUGCCGCUCUUUGAGCAUACGGCUGAAUACCGUAGGCAGGUGAACCACGCCAGCGCAGCCCCCGCCAGAAUGCGGGUGAACCAUGGCUGCGGGGGGCCGCCGUCUGGGCAGCGAGUCACGUGGCGAGUAGCCCCCUCUGUGCCCGACGUGUUCACGCUAAGGAGGGGGGGCGCCACGGGCGCCCCCCCCACCUCAAGAUACGUCCCAACAGAUACGUCCUCCUCCUCCUCCCCCUCCUCCUCCUCCUCCUCCUCCUCCUCCUC